AUGUGGGACCAGACUCCCGCCACGAGAGUUCUGUCGCUUAGCAUUUGGAGAAAUCUGUUUGAAGAUAUUUAUAUUCUCGAGGACCCAGUGGCUGCUAAACGUGCCAGUGUUCUGAGUGUUCAAUGCAUCGAGGUAAUCACCUCAGAAGAUGAUUUGAAAGAUACGUACAAGUCACGAGUCAAUGCAUUAGUCAAGCUACGAGGCAGUUCCGAAGGCUGGCUGAGUAAAUGGUCGAUGCUGCUCAGUGAAUGUUUAAAAAUAAUGAGCUCUGGUGAACAGCCAGGGUCCACGAAUUUCGAAGAGUCGCAGUUGUUUGCUAUUAAAGUGCUUGAAACGCUCAAAACUUGUCUUUACUGGAUGUUGCCGAAAACUAUUAGAACCAGUAAUUUAUUAGAGUUUAUCAGUGUUUCGCUGACUUUAGACGACAUCCGUGUUAAGACUCUGGCCGCUGAUUGUCUGCAUGUGCUGUUCACUAGAGUGUUUACUGAUGAAGAAGAUUUCCAAGCCAUUGUCGGUGCAGUAUUUUUGCCGGCCGGUAUUGCUACUUUACAAAGGGUUUAUGAUUCUGUUAAGCUCGAUAUUGAGACGUUUGACGAGAAGUCCUAUAUUUUCAGGAAAAAGCUCGUGGAAAUGAUUGUUGGACUGGGUGAAUAUUUGAAUGUUUCCAAGACCCAGCAACCACAAUUGCAAAUGGCUCAUGUGGAUCUGGACGGGUACCUACGGCUUGUGUUAGCGACUACCAACCAUCCUAGUUUAUUAAUAUCCGGGUUGUCUCUUCAGUUCUGGUGCUCUGUAUUGAGAAUUGAGAAACUUGCAUCCAAACCGGAGGUUAAUAAGUUGUUACUGGAUCUGUUACAGCUUGCUGCUGAUAGGUGUUUGAAGUAUGAAGAUGUCAGUGAAGAUGAUAUUUCCCGACAGUUUUUAGAAUUGGAUUUCGACUCUCCGCCCGAAACUCAUAUGUUUUUAGGAAAUUACAGAAGAUUCAUCGAGGACAUUCUAAGGUUGGUUGUGUGUCGUAUUCCUGAGUCCGCCAUGGCGUAUCUUCAGCAGAGAAUGAGUGCAUUUUUCACGUCCGAGGUCGGAUGGGUUUCACUCAAUUCUGCUAAACUCGAGUAUAACGGCAACCCUGCAUACUAUCUAGCAUUUUCACAAUUCCUUCUUGUAGAAUCUGCAUUGCGUGGUAUUGGACGAUGGAAAAUAUGGUAUCAGUUUCCUGAUAGAGACAUUGUAGCAGCUGGGUUGUCGGAAACGAUCAAAAACUGGGGUCGCGAAUUGACUGCUAUGACUAUAAGAGAUCCUCUGCUGUUACGAAAGUUGGUGCAGUCAUUAGUCCAGUUCGCUCCGUUGCUGAAAGACGAUCUUCCAAUAAUGCUUUUGGUGCUGGAAAAGGUGUUAUCUGCCUGUACAUGUGACUAUCCUGAGAAUGCCACGGACGAGGACCGUGAGUUGAUUCGCGAUCUUCGUACGUCGUGUGCUACUGAACUUAAUAGACUGGCAUACAUGAUCCCGGGGGCAUUAAUGAAAAUAUAUGACGAACUAGAAAGGGUCAUUCGUGACAUUAUUACAUCCAACAAACUCAGUGACCACGAAACCGUAUCAUUCAAAUCAUUCCUUCUCGUCGUGUCGCAGCGAGCCAAUGUUCCUAAUAAAGAAGAGCGAUUCUCAGCAAUAGUAGAUCCGAUUCUACAAUCUUGGAGCGAUGAAGCCACUAUUAAAGGACUGAUGGAUCUUCAAUGGUUUAUGGAACGAGUGGGAAUCGUGAAAAUCGCCGAAUACUUUCGCUCACGCGGUGUCAAUGCCAAUACCGACUUACUAUCAACAGAGAUGGACGAAGCUGGUAAGAAACUCAAAGCAGAAUUAAAAGACAAAUGGUCAGCACUGUUCCCGAUUCGGGCGACCCGGAUCUUCAUCCAAUACACUAUAGAAAAGCUCGAUCACCAGUCGCCUGAAUACCAAUAUUUAUUAAAACUAUGGAAACCACGCAUCCAACCGAUUCUGCCACACAUUCUACAACUAAUUGCGCAAAUCGAGGCGUACCACAACCCCAACAACUGGGUCGACCUACCCGCUGAAGUCCAAGCGUUUGUAAAGUACAGUUGUACCGAGAGAUUCUGGCAAGUGGGAGUGUCAACUCAAACCCGCGAUGAGUUUGUCGACGAGAGUGUCAAAGCUAUGCAUACGCUGCGGGAUUUUGCUGAUUCGGUGGGUCACAUUAUCCGAUAUACCAGAGAAUAUGCGUUUUUGACGCUUGGAUCCAUCAGCCAGCUCGAGGAGACUUUGUACGAAGUGCCGGGAAUCGCCAAGAGUCUUUGGCAAGCGCUAGCAGGCGACUCGGCCGGUAUCACGUCUCAUUCAUGGCGACAUAUGAUCUCGCUGGUACUGCGAAAUCUGAUUAAAAACUGUCCAGUGAAACUAAUCAAGCCGUUUAUGGUGGAAUUUCUACCAAUGGUGCUGACCAAGCUGGACGAGGUGCUGGUGGAGAAAUGGGAAAAGACGUAUCAACGCGGAUUACAGCUGACUGGCGGCGAAGCUGAAGAUGACCUGUCUGAAGAGAUGAUGGAAGAGCAUUUAUUAAGACAGCUGACUGCCAUUGUUGUUCGAAUGAUGAUAGAUCUAGCAGGCCAGCUCGGAGCGCGACCCGCUUCAGGAGAAGGUGAAGUCGAUGAAAACAGUAAACAGUCGGUUCUACAUGCGACAGUACUUCAAAAUAAAGAGAUCCUGGCACCGUUUCUGACCCUCUGUUCACAUAUGAUGCUGUUCAGAGACAACCGGUGCAGUUUCAACUGCUGUCUCAUUGUACGAAACAUUCUUCCCCAGAUUCUAGGAAAAGACGGCGAAGUCGAUAUGUUCCUUUGUGAAGUGAUGAUGAAAACGUGUCUCGAAAUCCUCAGCAAUAAACAUCUCGACGACGUUCACAGCGAAGCUGGCUACAUCAUCACCACCAUCUACACGAUCCUACGUGGCCACAGCCAACAACCGUUCCAAACGCUAUCAUCGCUCCUUCCUGAAGUAUCAGCCGAGUCAUUAAUGGCGUUUGAAAUGCGAUUAGCAGCCGCCAAAUCGCUCCGCCAGCAACGAGGCGUGUUCCUAGAGUUCCUGUCCUUAGUCAAAGCCAUGGAAAACAGCGACCAAGGCGACCUGUCAAGCCGCGAAGCCCAACGGGCCAAAGCAGAAAAAAAACGCGUCGACUCCAGCAAAAUCCACGCCCUCACCAAAAAAAACACCACCGGCGGCGACCUCAUGGACGCCGAGGGUCUCGACGCAGCGUCCAUCGCCAACCUCUUCGGCGACGAGUGA